AUGAUCACGGACCAUAUUUUGUGUGCUGGCACCGAGAACAAGCUGAGCUCCCUCUCUGACCUGGAACAGCAGUAUCGGGCCCUGCGCAAGUACUAUGAGAACUGUGAGGUAGUUAUGGGCAACCUGGAAAUCACCAGCAUUGAGCACAACCGAGACCUCUCCUUCCUGCGAUCUAUCCGAGAGGUCACAGGCUAUGUUUUGGUGGCUUUGAAUCAGUUUGAGUACCUGCCACUGGAGAACCUGCGCAUCGUUCGUGGGACCAAACUCUAUGAAGAGCGAUAUGCUUUGGCGAUAUUUCUUAACUACAGAAAGGAUGGUAACUUCGGACUCAGGGAACUUGGCUUGAAGAAUUUGACAGAAAUACUGAAUGGAGGGGUGUAUGUUGGCCAGAACAAAUUUCUUUGCUUCGCAGACACCAUUCAUUGGCAGGAUAUCGUGCGUAACCCCUGGGCCUCCAACUUCACUUUGGUUCCAACAAAUGGCAGCUCAGGAUGUGGUCGAUGUCACAAGUCCUGCACAGGCCGAUGCUGGGGUCCCACAGAGAAUCACUGCCAGACCUUAACGAAGACAGUGUGUGCAGAGCAGUGUGAUGGACGGUGCUAUGGGCCCUACGUCAGUGACUGCUGCCACCGGGAAUGCGCCGGAGGCUGUUCCGGACCUAAAGACACUGAUUGCUUUGCCUGUAUGAAUUUCAAUGAUAGUGGUGCAUGUGUCACGCAGUGCCCCCAGACUUUCGUAUACAAUCCCACCACAUUCCAACUGGAGCAUAAUCACAAUGCCAAGUACACCUAUGGGGCUUUUUGCGUCAAAAAGUGCCCACACAACUUUGUGGUAGAUUCCAGCUCUUGUGUCCGUGCAUGUCCAAGCUCCAAGAUGGAGGUUGAAGAAAAUGGUAUUAAGAUGUGCAAGCCCUGCACUGACAUUUGUCCUAAAGCAUGUGAUGGCAUUGGAACAGGGAGUUUAGUGUCAGCUCAGACGGUGGAUUCCAGCAACAUUGACAAGUUCGUAAACUGUACCAAGAUCAAUGGCAACCUUAUCUUCCUUGUUACUGGGAUUCAUGGAGACCCGUAUCACACAAUUGCCGCAAUCAAUCCAGAGAAAUUAAAUAUCUUCCAAACAGUGAGAGAGAUAACAGGGUAUUUGAACAUACAGUCAUGGCCUGAGAAUAUGACAGAUUUCAGGGUGUUUUCUAACUUGGUUACUAUUGGUGGAAGAGCUCUCUAUAGUGGCCUUUCCUUACUCAUCCUAAAGCAACAAGGCAUUACGUCUCUGCAGUUUCAGUCUUUGAAGCAAAUCAGUGCUGGCAACGUCUACAUAACAGACAACAGCAAUUUGUGCUACUACCACACUGUCAACUGGACCAGCCUCUUCAGCACACCCAGUCAGAAGACGGUGAUCCAUCGAAAUAAAAAGGCAGAGAACUGCACUGCCGAUGGAAUGGUGUGUAAUGAGUUAUGCUCAAGUGAUGGCUGCUGGGGGCCAGGGCCAGACCAGUGUCUCUCCUGCAAGCACUUCAUCAGGGGAAGGACCUGCAUAGACUCUUGUAACCUAUAUGAUGGGGAAUUUCGAGAAUUUGCAAAUGGUUCUGUCUGUGUGGAGUGUGAUCCCCAGUGUGAGAAGAUGGAAGAAAAUAUGAUCACGUGCUAUGGGCCAGGACCUGACCACUGCACAAAGUGUUUCCAUUUUAAGGAUGGUCCAAAUUGUGUGGAAAAAUGUCCUGAUGGCUUACAGGGGGCUAACAGCUUCAUUUUCAAAUAUGCUGAUGAAGAUCAUGAGUGCCAUCCAUGUCAUCCAAACUGCACCCAAGGGUGUAGAGGUCCCGCUAGUCAUGACUGCAUUUACUAUCCAUGGACACGACAGUCCACUUUACCACAACAUGCUAGAACCCCUCUGAUUGCUGCGGGAGUUAUUGGUGGCCUCUUCAUCAUCGUCAUUGUGGGCCUGACGUUUGCUGUGUAUGUUCGGCGCAAAAGCAUCAAAAAGAAGAGAGCAUUGCGAAGAUUCCUGGAGACUGAGCUUGUGGAACCUUUGACUCCAAGUGGCACAGCACCCAACCAAGCACAGCUUCGUAUCCUGAAGGAAACUGAGCUGAAACGAGUCAAGGUUCUUGGCUCUGGAGCCUUUGGAACUGUAUACAAGGGUAUUUGGGUCCCGGAGGGAGAAACCGUAAAGAUUCCUGUGGCCAUUAAGAUCCUUAAUGAGACCACUGGUCCAAAAGCCAAUGCGGAGUUUAUGGAUGAAGCUCUUAUCAUGGCCAGCAUGGACCACCCGCACCUGGUAAGACUCCUGGGUGUCUGCUUGAGCCCAACCAUUCAACUAGUAACUCAGCUGAUGCCUCAUGGCUGCCUGUUGGAUUAUGUUCAUGAACAUAAAGAUAAUAUUGGCUCCCAGCUUCUGCUAAACUGGUGUGUCCAGAUAGCUAAG